ACAAUAAACAUAAUGCGAUUUAUUGGUAAGCAUUGCGCAUAUGCAGCGUCUGGAACAGGGCGGCUGAGUCGACGAACCUGUCAUGAGCGGCGGUUGAAUAGGCAUAAAAAAGCAAUCACGAAUCAAUUCAUUGUGGUCAGCAUUGUUACUGCAUGGUUUGUCUAAUGCACAUGUGCAUCUCUAUCGUCUUGUCAAUGUUGAUAAUUAUCUAAUCCUUCGUUUUUGAAUUUGCAUAAUUGCUCCCGCGCGAUUUUUUUGGAAUAAUAGUUAUUAUUCCUGUUGAAAUAAUCUUAGAGUAAAAUCCACCGAAGAUGAUGCUGUACUGCGCCGUGUUGGUUUUGAUGUGCGCUGCUCUGAGCCAGGGAGUCAUGGGUCCUCUCCGAGUGGAAGUGGAACUGCGCCGUCUGAACAACAGCCAGGGAAUUCUUCACAAUGGUAAAAUGUGCGAUCUGACCAGCUCGUGCGACCAUCGAAUCACUGGAUAUUUCGAUACCGAUCGGCCCAUGGAUCCUUGGCCCGGAAUGAAGGCUGUAGACCAGUGGACACUCGUCUUUGAAAAGGACAACGAUAAUGUGCCCAUCGUUAACAAGAUCGUUUCGCGCGACGUCUGUGAAAUGGACAUACAGCGUGCUAAUUUACGGCUCAAUGUCGUCGAUGUUGAUUCGCUGACGAAGAAUGACCUUGUCGAGCAGUUUGAGUGUAUGGUACCCGUGGAAAAUAAUGUGGCCACGAAUAUUAAUCGCGCUUUUUGGUCGACGGAACGGGCAUGCAGUGCCAAAUUUAAUCCGGAUAAAAUAAGGUUAAAUUAUCGGUAUCGCGUGUUCGGUAUUGCUCCUACCGAUUGUGGCAAGCCUCCAGCCGGUGCAUCGAGCAAGCCAGCUGCCAGAUCAUAAUCAAAUUUGUCGUCGAUUUGGCUGUAUUCCAGUUUUAAUCAGUAUGACUAGUUGUACGUUCCCACUGUUCGGGACGCGUUUUUCUCCUGCAGUCGCACCACGGGUUUUUCUGUAAAUUUUUUACGUUUACAAGCACGUUUGACCUUGUAUGACCAAAAUUACUGGUUGCUUGUGUUGUGACAAGCACCUGGUGUUUCGUACUAAAGAUGAACAGUUUCAGAACAGAUUGCAAUCCAUUGUACGUCGAAAUUAAAAGCAGUCGCUGUGAA